CAACGAAAGGUGAUGAAGUAUUUAUGGAACAAAAAUUUAGGCAUAAAAUAUUCUCAAUACCUGGCCAAGAUAUUAUGGAUAUUGAAAUCUACUGUACGAAAAAAAAUGGUGCAGUAUAUUGUGACGAACGUGAAAUGGUAUAUUUAGGCAAAGUUAACGUUCAAUUAUUCGAUAAUCCCUUGGGCCCUCUAUGUAUUUCAAUAUGUUUUGGUCAAAUGGAGUUGAUUGCUAUCGUUACAAAUGAGGCAAAUGGGUAUAUGUAUAAGAAAGCUUUUAAUUUUUAUGUCGAUUUGUAA